AUGAAAGGCAACGGCCUCACCAAAGAGCAGGUAUCCUCCAUCUUGCUGAAAAAAUUUGGUGAAACCCUAACUGGAGGGGCGUUGACAUGGUAUUCACAACUGCUAGCUUAUUCUAUAGAAACAUUCGAAGAGAUAACCAAUAAGUUGGUAACAGCACAUGUCGGAGCCAAGAAAGCUGAAACAAGGGACGAAAUCCACAGUGCCUACUGUGCUGAGAUCAGGGAAGACGACGACGACCUCAACGGACCAACUCGACGACUCACCUCAGUACAAUCUGAGCCCAGGAAAGAACGCAUGGACAACAUAAGGAGAGACCAUCCAAUAUCGCGGCCAGGCCGGGAACGACAUCAAUUGUAUGUCAGGGAACCCGUCCCAUCCUUUCGUUAUGAAAACGGUCCAUCUAGGCCGAGAUCAAGUACUCACAUGAAUGAUCGAGAGGUGGUCUACGCCCUUGAGAAGCCCAGAACAAACGUGAAGUGGCCACCAACGAUGAGGUCCGACUCGAGCACCAAGAAAUCUGAUGCCCUCUGCGAGUUCCACCAAGAACGUGGACAUAAAACGGAAGAUUGCCAUGCUCUGAGACUAGAAGUAGCAAACUUGUUGCAGCAAGGACAUCUCAAAGAAUUACUCAGCGACAAAGGCAGGAACACUUUAGCAAGGGGUCGAGAACGCCUAGGCCCACCAAAGUUGCAUUCACCAGCUCGCACUAUCAACAUGAUUAUUGCUGGCAGUGAUGACGCCUCCAUCAACGGCAUCAAAUUCACCACCACUCACAAACUCAAAAGAUCGAUCAUCCACGAACGGUAUGACGGACUCAAAGAAAGCAUCAUCUUCAAUGAGUCAGAUGCCGAUGAUUUGACUUUCCCUCACAAUGAUGCACUUGUCAUUACUUUACGAAUCUUAGAUACUGAUGUUAGGAGAAUUGUGGUAGAUGAUGGAAGCGGGGCGUUUAGAUGGACUUCGGGGGAGAUCACAAUCCCUGUCCUCGUUAGUGGGGUGAAUUUGGAAAAAACACUCCAUAUCAUGGACCAGAACACUACAUAUAAAACCAUUGUAGGACAGAGAGGGGAACAACUCACGUCACGGGAAUGCUAUCGGAUUGCCAUAGAUGGGACGACAACUUAA